AUGGCAUCCAAGAUAAUUGUUCUCGGCGACGUGAAUGGACAUAUACGAAAUGCUUUUACCAAGUUAACAUCUUUGCAACUCAAGAAUAAUUUUGCUCUCGCUAUUGUGGCCGGAAACCUUUUCGCUGCAGCUGAAGACACAGAAGCCGACGACACAGUUACAGACCUGAUUUCAGGAAAGAUUCCUAUACCAUUACCUACAUACUUCACCGUUGGAUCGUCGCCUCUGCCGAAAAGAAUUAUUGAAAAGAUUGAAAAAGAUGAGGAGAUAUGUCCAAAUCUGCAUUAUCUUGCAAAAAGAAGUACCACAAAGACUUCAGAAGGAAUCAAAGUAGUUACGCUCGGCGGGCGACUCGACGAAAACAUAAUUGGAGGCUUAUCUAAUGAAUCGUAUCUACCUUUCCACACUGUUGGGGAUGCGAAGGCUCUCCACGGAGCGGACACGGCGGAUAUUCUUCUGACGACGUGUUGGCCCAAAUCCGUUCGAACAGGCUCAAAAAUACCAAUUCCCGAUGAUUCGCAGGAGCCCACCGCCGGCGAUCAUAUCGCAGAUCUAUGCGCAGCUCUGAAACCUCGUUAUCACUUUUCUGUGUCCCCAGAUUAUUUUUAUGAGCGAGAACCUUUCUUUCAUGCCCCAACUCCAGAUGCUCCUGACUUUCGGCCUCUCACCCGAUUCAUAUCUUUGGCGCCUCAUGGCAAUUCAAAGAAACAGAAGGCUUUAUAUGCAUUUUCGUUACAAGCGACAGUUGAUCCCCUAGCCCCAUUACCCGCUGGUACCACGGCAUCGCCAUUUGUAGCUCGACCCAACGAGAGGAAACGAGGAGCCCUCGAGCCGGAACCUUAUUCUAGGUAUGGAGGGAAUGAUUAUAAACGUGGCCGAGGACGUAGAGGUCAAAGGCAACCACCUCCAGGACCUGGUGAAUGUUUCUUCUGCCUCUCGAAUCCAAAUUUGGCUACUCAUCUUAUCGCGUCCAUCGGCAAUGAAGCAUAUUUGACAAUUGCGAAAGGUCCUUUAACCACAGCUACUACUAAUGCUUCAUUGGGUAUUGACUUUCCAGCACAUGCCCUAAUUAUUCCACUUGAACACUCUCCUACAUUGGCCUUAGUACCAGAGGAGGAUUCUAAACAAAGAACUUACGAUGAAAUGGUCAAAUACAAAGAGGCUCUACAGAAUAUGAUUGCGCAACGCAGUGAAAACAAAUUGGGUGCUGUCACCUACGAAAUCAGCAAAGGGAACGGCGUCCAUACACAUUGGCAAUUGAUUCCCAUGCCUACUGAAACCAUUCAGAAGGGUCUCGUCGAAGCGGCCUUCCGCGUUGAAGCUGAAAACCUCAAAUAUCCUCCUUUCGAGGUCAGAGAUCCAGAAAUCGGUCAGAAUGAUGGCGAUUUUUUCCGUGUUUGGAUUUGGACGCCUCCUAGCGAAGAAAAUCUAAAAGGAACGUCAAAAUGCAUUACAAUGCCAUUUGAUUGGAAUGUGCGCUUCAACCUCCAGUUCGGUAGAACGGUUCUAGCUAAAUUGUUAAGUUUGGAGAAGAGAAUUCAGUGGAGAGAUUGUGCUCAGACGGAGGAUGAGGAGAAAAGUGAUGCGGAGGCUUUCAAGGCGGCUUUUAAGGAGUUUGAUUUUUCCCUUUAA